AUGUCGUCCGAGAAUAGAGUUCCCAGUGAAGAAAUAUUGUCGCAAAAGUGGGAUCGCGCCAUUUCCAACUUUGUGGUCAAGACUGGCCUUGGUUUGAGUGUUGGUAUUGUCGCUUCAGCAUUAAUAUUCAAAAAGCGUCUGGGUCCCAUUGCUCUUGCUACAGGUUGGGGUUUCGGUACAGCCUAUGCUGAUGCAGAGCGUAUAUUCCAUCCUUCUAAUGUGCCUGGCACACGUUUCGAAAAGCAAAAGCCUACAGCUUAG